UAUACGGUAGAUGCACGCUUGUAUUAUUUGUGCAUUUGAAAAUGAAGUCGAUAUUUAUUUUUGUAAUAUGUUUGAGUGUUUCUAUUCUCGCUGGCCGUGAUACUGGCUACCCGGCAGGCUUGAUGGCUGAAUGUCCUGGAAUGACAAAAAACACGACGUUAUCAGAGGAAACUAAGAAUUCUUUACGAGUGGUAGUGCUCUGUCCCGACAAGGGCUGGUUAGCCAGUAGAGAGGAGUCUUGUCCUUUGGACUAUAACGGAGUAGCGUGCGUGUCAAAGCAUAUCGACCUGAAGAAGAAAACACUGGUAUAUAUAAGUGGCUACCUGGACGCGUCAUUUUCUCCUAUAGUACGAGCUCUUACAAUACCUUACCUGGAGCGUGGUCGUAAUGUCAUCAUUAUGGAGAUAUAUCCCAUCCUUCAUCGCUCCUAUCCUAUUGCCGCCCGCCUCACGAAACCGCUGGGUUAUUUAUUGGGAGACUUUCUUUCUCAUCUUACCCACAAAGGUUUGUCCCAUAGUAAACUUGAACUGCUCGGCGGAAGUUUAGGAGCGCACAUAGCUUAUUAUGCGGCUACGAGAUACUAUGAGUUAACACACUUCAAACCAAACAGACUUACAGGUUUAGACCCAGCAGGUCCAUGUUUUCGUUCCUUGCCUCCUCGCGAUCGCUUCCAUUCUGCCGGCGCUCUCAAAGUAGAUGCCAUCCACACUAACAUCGAUGGUUUCGGUAUACCGGACACAAUUGGUCAUGUCGAUUUUUAUGUUAACGGCGGUGAAUUUCAACCUUCCAUGGUCUCAGAUUAUCUGCUACCUUGCUUUCAACUGUGCAGUCAUGUACGUUCAGCUAUCUACUGGCUCAUAGCGAGUUACGAGCGACAUCAGUUCGUCGGUGUCAAAUGUAAUUCUGUCGCUGAAGCGCGACACGGAAAAUGUUACUAUAGAGGCGUUGACACAAAUGUUUUGGGACCAAAGACGAAUUUCAACCGUCCAGGGAUAUAUUACCUCCCUACGACAGAAAACAAACCCUUUUACAUGGGCAAAGAAGGUCUCAAGAAGAGAAAAUACGAUGUUAAUCAUUAUUUACUACAAGUUUCCCCAGAGAAGGAUAUGAUUAUUUGAAUAAAAUUAUGAGAGGAAGCAAUAAUUGAUUAAGUUCUUCCUUACUUAAGUACAUAUAAUGCGGUGAUUGCGUGUUAAGACUUUUAAUAAGUAAAUUAUUAAUAAAAAAAAAAUAGGGUUGAAUAUGGAAUAAAAAAAAAAUUCAAACAAAAAUUGUAUUAGAAAAGUUUAUUAAACCGAUACAAACAGGUUUGUAAACAACGAAAAGGGCUUAUUAUGAUUCCAUCGGGUGAUUACAAACAGGACAUACAAAACUGUCUAAAAUCUAUAUACAAGUUAAUAUUUAUUAUCUAUAUUAUAUAAAUAUGCUCCUUCUAUUUUGAGCAAUACUGGAAGCCAUGAUGCGGCGACGGGGAACACCCGUCCCAUACUAAAAGCGGUAAAAUACUCGGUUACGAUCAAUAUAAUGGGCAGUAGAAAUUAAUACAAUAUUUAAAAUGCAUCUAUAAUACCAAUAAAUGUACAUAUGCUAGAAAAAUAAUAUUCAAUCCACAAAUGAUAAAUAUAACACAGCAACACUAAGCUAACAUAUAGAGAACGCUCAAAACCUUUACAGUCAGAUCUAAAAACUAAACACGCUGUAUAUAGCGCAGACCAUAUAGAGUGAACUCCACAGACAUCCGUCAGCUACGAAGUACCACAGACCGUAAAAUAUUAACAAAUGCUCAUAUAAAAAUAUAUAUAAUCUGGAAUGUGAGAAAUAAACCAAUCGAUUGAUCAAUGGCUGUCCGCGGGAUGGCCUUUGAGAGGCUGAAGUUUGACAUUAUACUGGAAACUUACUACUGAGACAAAACAGUUCGAAAUGAAGCAGAAAUAAAGUUGUUAUAGAAAUUACAUUAUAAAUAAUAUUAUAACAAGAAAUGUGUGUGUAUGGGGGGCUUCAUGUUAUUAACUAUUAAUUUAGACGAGAAACAUAACGAAUAUCAGAUACUCCUUAUACAGUCAGUUCCGACAUAUUUUGACAUAUUUCAGAUAAAUUCUAGUAAUCAACUUUCAGUUUACGCAGGAACUUUCUCGUUUCAUUAUUAACAAAGUUUAUUUUAGUAUUGAUAUAGUAUGUAUAGAAUAGAAUCAUUUUUUUAAGUAGAAAAUUUAAGGUACAAUAGACUUUAAGCAUUCUGUCGUAAGGUUGUUAUUUGAAUGGAUUCCUGUUCACUUUAAAUUUCAUGUGUUUUAAGCGACCAGUGCUCAGACAGUCUUCAGCUAAUUCAUUUCUAAUGCACGUCGGUAACCUUUUGAAAUACAAACAAUACAGUCGCUAGGUAUCUGCAUGAUUUAAUAGAAAAA